AAAGGGAAGUGGUAUUAUUUUGGAAGUGUACUUGCAGAAACUGCAUAAAGAUUAGAUAAAAAAAGACAGUGAAAUUCUUCCGUUUCAAAGAAGGGGAAAUUGUGAAUGUUGUACAAAGAAUGUGGAUCUGUACCCCUACAUAGUACAGUUGCCAGAAUUUGGAAUUGAAAUAUUUGCAACUUGUUUCCCGCCACUCAUAAUUUUUCCCAAAUUAGACUUUCAUUGUAUUUUUUCUCUUGAAAAAUGUGCUAUUUAACUUUUCCUUUUUUAGAGCUAUAUUUAAGCAACAUAGGAACAUACAGCAGUUAUUUUUCUAGUUACACUGUACACACUGUCUUUUUGCUUGUUUUCACUCUUGGCUGUGUACAUCAGGACAGACCCAGCCUUCUUGACCAAAGACACUUGAUUAAAAAGAGGAUAAAUAGGCAGCAAAAGCAGCCAUCCACCCAUUCCCUGCUAUAUGCACAAAGAAUAAAGGCAGAUGAUGUAACUGUUCAGCUCAGUAUCUAGUUAAAUGGUUUGUAAGAGGGUAAAUCUGAGUGGGGAAAGAACUGCCUUUACCUUGCUAGGAAGCUGUUCAGCGGAAAGUUUUAGUAACAGGUGUGUAUGUAACUGUGUGUUAUGAUACUGUUUGCAUUAAACUUGAUUGUGCCUAUCUUCCCCGCAUUGUGGGCAUUUUCAAGACAUGCUCAGUGACAAUAUGAUGUACUUGUUAAUGUGUAGGGGGCUGGUAUCUUCAGCUAGCAGACCUCGUGAAGACAGUUGGUUAAAAUCACUGUUUGUUCGCAAAGUCGAUCCAAGGAAAGAUGCUCACUCCAACCUUCUAGCCAAAAGAGAGACCAGCAGUCUGUAUAAACUACAGAUUCACAAUGUAAAACCAGAAUGUCUAGACGCCUACAACAAGCUUUGUCAAGAGGUGCUGCCAAAGAUUCAUGAAGAAAAACACUACCCAUGUGCACUGGUGGGGACUUGGAACACGUGGUACGGAGAGCAGGAUCAGGCUGUUCAUCUGUGGAGAUAUGAGGGAGGCUAUCCAGCUCUCAAUGAGGUCAUGAGUAAACUCCGUCAAAAUAAGGAAUUCACAGAGUUUCGCAAAGAAAGAGGUAACAUGCUUCUCUCGCGCAAGAACCAAUUACUGUUGGAGUUUAGUUUCUGGAAUGAACCUGUCCCCAGAGAGGGGCCUAAUAUUUAUGAACUGAGAUCCUAUCAACUUAGACCUGGAACAAUGAUUGAGUGGGGAAAUUACUGGGCUCGGGCAAUUCGUUUCCGACAGGAUAAUAAUGAAGCAGUUGGAGGAUUUUUCUCACAGAUUGGACAGCUGUAUAUGGUUCAUCACCUUUGGGCUUACAAAGAUCUCCAAACCAGAGAAGAUAUAAGGAACGCUGCGUGGCAUAAACCUGGCUGGGAUGAACUAGUCUAUUACACAGUGCCCCUUAUUCAGGAAAUGGAGUCCAGAAUCAUGAUACCAUUGAAGAUUUCUCCACUUCAGUAAAGUCACUGAUUUACUUGUGCCUACAUAGAUAAAGUGACAAGUAUUUGUCUUAAAUUAAUUUUAUGGUAUACAUUGUAUAUCAUAGUCUGAAAUAUAAAAGUACUGUAUUGAGCUUAUAAAAGAGACCUCUUUUCUUCAGAAUCUUAACAACCUUUUGCUCUUAGGAUUGUACCAGGAAAAAAAGGAAUACAGGACUGUAAUUAAAAGGUUGGUUAUUUGAAAACAAGUACAAAGACAUAUAUGAGUUCCGCCAUGAGACAGCUCCUCAGGUUAGGUAUGGCAUACAGUGUUUAGUAUCUCCUGCUACACGAACAAUGCCCGGUGUUCAGUAACAGCCACAGAAUGGAGCAUUACGGUUGCUGUGGCCUUGUGUAGCAUCAUAAUGACCACAGAUUUUAGAAACAAACAUGGGAGUUCUGAAAUUAGAAGCUCUGAAGCCCUCGGGCAGCUCUGAAAUACCCCUAUCUGUUCCAGCAGGCCCGAAAUCAGUAAGUAGCUCUAAGUUUACAAAUAGGCACUCAUUAAUUGAGGAUAAUACAGUUUGUCAGGUGAUAGCUUAUGGACAGAGAAUAGGGCAUUCUGUUUUGCAAGGACUCUGAAGCCUGUUGAAACUAAUGGCACAUUUGUGUAGAUAUCUACACCUGAAGUUAAUUCUGUGAAGUAUGACCUACAGUUUUCAAAGAGAUACUGACAAGAUGUGGUUAUCUGAACAUUCUGCAGGGAAUCAAGUUCAGUUAAAUACAUUUAUCUCUACAAAUAACUUGGAAGUCUGGGAAAAGGGGUUUAAUUUAAUAAGCCAUCAUGACUUCAGACAUAUGCUUGAUUGGGUGUUUCACUAACUGUACAGUAGGUACUUACGAGUUGAUGUGUGAAACUGGCGCAUGUUGAGUCAAUAGGAUUGGCAUAAAGCGGUGUACCAUUAUGUCCAGUUCUAUUUUGGUUUCACUUUUAGACUAGAAUAUAUCAACACUUUUGGUGUCUGCAAUGACGUGAACAUCCUGUAAGUGAAAAUAAUAUUCUCUCUUUAAAGUGGCUACAAGAAUGGGUGUAACAUACAGAAUGUACAAAUCAGUUACUGAAUGUCCAGUUUGUACAUUUCAAUGAGUUUUCAGGAAGAACAUAUCAGUCAAUAAAAUCCUUUUAAUUUUCACAUUUUACUGGCACCUUAUAUGUCUUGCACC